AUGGCAUCUACAAGUCCUAUAAAAGUUCUACAUGCGCCACAUACUGGAAUCACUGUACGAUCGCUCUCACGCGCUAUCCACUUAUUCCAAAACAUCUUAAACCUUCGAAUUUUACGCACCGCUCACCUCUGCCCCCCGGUCUCAACAGUUGUCGGACACCCAGAAGCAGAGAUCGAUAUCGCUUUAGUCGAGCUUCCAGGGGGACAUCUUAUCGAGCUCCUGGAAUACUCAUCGCCACCGAAGGCCAAGCAACAGGAAAUAAAGCCUUAUAGCUGGGAUUUAGGGAGCUGGCAUCUAUGUCUGACCGUUCAAAAUUUGGAGGAAACUCUAUAUGCUCUAGAAGGUGACGAAGCAGCUUGGAGUCAGCUUACUGCGCCGCAGAUAUUAGAACAGGGCCCUAAUGCUGGCAGGAAAGUGGUCUAUGUGCGGAACGAGGAUGGGCUGACGCUGGAACUGUUUGGGUGA